AUGGACCCAGCAGCUGACAAGGCGCUCUCGGUCAACGAGGUCUGGCUCAAACUUAACGACAACUACCGGGGACAUGUUGGCAAAUUCCUGGCCCGAUACCGCGGGCCAGAUGCCAACAAACACUUCCAGGACUUAGUCCGCAAGGCGUACUCUCAGCAGCUUAGGGCAGAAGCCGCGCCCCAUCCGUUCGCGACUGGAAAGCGGAAAAUAGAUACUGUUGAUGCUGACGCCGCUGACACCCAGCCCGAUGUGAAGAAACCCAAGGCCUCUGAGGUCCCCGCACCACAGCAGGCCAAAGGCAUCGACCUUGCGUCUCCAAAGUUUCCUCAUGGGUGGCCUACAGCUCAGCAAACGCCCGUCCAGUUUGGCCAGCCGACGCUCACGGCCGCCACGGCUCCUCGGCCAACACAAAGGAUUCGAAUGCUAGCCUCUUAG